CGUCUCUCUCCCCCUCCAUCCCUUUCUCUCUCCAUCUCUCUAUUUCCACUGCGGAGGCUAACAGCAGGGGUACUCUCUUCUGCUGUGGCGAUUGGAAGCCAGUUUCAAACGCUGCUAUUUUCUGUGUGUGUGUCUAUGCGCGCACACGUGUGUGUUCGCUGCACUGGAGCGCAGGAGCACUGCCAGGAGAGAGAGAGAGAGAGAGAGAGAGGAGUGUUUGGCUACUUCUGCUGUGCAUUCUUCUUCUCCGUCUGAUAGGAUGAGGAAGAGGAUGCAGCCGUGAACACUGACUUAACAACUGUAUGAGGAGACCUGACAGGUAGACCACAGCCUCUCAGAGGGGUGUGUCCGCACCCAUUGAGGGCGUGUCUGACUGGAAUCUCUGGACCUUCAUCUAGGCUGUCCAUUUGUCAGUCUUUAAAGAAAAACGAACAAAGGCAGCGCUGAGGGGCGGCGACUAUGGCGAGUUUUGGGAAACUUACGGACUACUUUAACCGUCGUAAGUCCCGCGAGGAGCUGAGGGGGGGCAGGAGCUCACGGAGGAGUGGCAGCUACUGCUGUACGGUGGCCGAGGCCAGGUCGCUGGAGAGGAAGCUGCAGAGGCCUCUAUUGGCCAAGUCCCGGACACUACCCAGCAUCCCCCAGUCCCCUACCGUGGCCAGGGUCCACCACUCAGACCUGAUUGGUGGGAGUCCUCCUCGCAGGACGUCUUUGGCCAGCAACAGCCAUCAGCCCAAGGCCUGCACUUUGCCCCCUGAAGGGGAUCUGUGGCGUCUGGAGGACGACGUGGAGGGCGAGGAGGAGGCGGGGCGUCUGUGUGCCGCCGCCCGCCCCCCGCUCACAAUCGCCCUUCUCCCACUUCCGCACGCGCACCGCAUACCUGCGCAAGAGCGUCUCCGUGGACGACCCCCUGGGCAUGGUAGACUACUGCUCGUCGGCGCCCCUCGAGGGCAAAGGCAGUCGCGGCGGCAAGGGCAAGCUCAAGAGGAAGUUUAGUCUGGGGUCAGCGGACAGGAAAGAGUUCCAACAAAAGAAGCCAGAGUCGAGCAUAUCAAAAUUCACUCACCGGCUGUCCCUAAAAGAGCGGCAGACCAAACCUGAGAAGACUACACUGGAUAGACCUCCGUCCUACAGGAGGCGCUCUCUCAGUCUGGACUGGGCCGACUCAGCCAAGAUGAACCAGCGAGAGAUGCGAGAGCCUCAUCCUCCUCCCAUCCGGAACAAGUCCACCAGUCUGUCAUCCCCCAGUGCCGCCCGCCGCCUGUACAGGAACCUGUCAGGGAAGUUCCGUGUGGGCAACCUGCCUGGCCUGGAAGACAGUGUGGUGUCGGGACGGGGCGAUAAGGAGCGCCUUCGCAAGUCCACUAUGUUCCAGAGUAACGAGGCGCUGUUCGAGGCGGUGGAGCACCAAGAGAUGGACCUGGUGCAGUUACUCCUGUCCCAGUACAGUACGGAGGAGCUGGACCUCAACACCCCUAACAGUGAGGGCCUGCUGCCCCUGGACAUCGCAGUCAUGACCAACAACGUACCCAUGGCCAGGCUGCUGCUCCGCGCCGGAGCCAAGGAAAGCCCCCACUUUGUGAGCCUGGAGGGCCGUGCGGUGCACCUGGCCACGUUGGUCCGUGAGGCCGAGCAGCGUGUGGGGGACUUGCAGGCCCAGGUGCGGAGUGAGUUCCCCGGGGAGCGGGAGGCGUCGGACCAUGAGAGGCAACUCAAGGCCUGGGAGUGGAGGCACCGGCUCUUCAGACGCAUGCAGACGGGCUUUGAGCAUGCCAGCCCUCCGGAUGUUCCCAGCUCUGUCCGUCUGUCUGUCAGUAGCAGCUCCAGUCUGAGGGUGGACUUCCAGGAGCCUCUCAGUGUCAACUCUGCGGUAGUCACCAAGUACAAAGUGAGUUGGAGCAGUUCCCCUUCCCUCAGUCCUCUGUUGGGUGAGGUGCUAGUAGAGGACACCAGUCUACUGCAGUGCAACAUUACUGACCUCACACGCGGAGAAUAUUACUAUUUCCAGGUGUCUGCCUUCAACAUGAAGGGAUGGGGUCCUGCCCAGAACUCCACCCCAUCCUGCGCCUCCCCUUCCAGUUGGAGGGAGAUUGACGGCCGCGCACCUCGCCAGCGGGGACAGAAGGAGGCGCUAGACCAGCUACUGGGACAGAUUAAAGAGACGCAUCGCCACUGUGUGUGCCACGAGCAGUGCAAAGCCCCUCCACACGUGAGGAAACAUUCCGUAUCCAAAAGCCUGCGCCACCUCUUCCAACCUACCAGCAAAUUUGUCAAAAGCUUGAAACGAGGUCUCUACUUGACGUCUAUAUUCUACCGAGAUGACAACGUACUUGUGACGCCUGAGGACCAGAUCCCUAUCGUAGAGAUAGAUGACUCCUACUCCAGCUCACUGAUGCAGGACUUCCUAUGGUUCACUAAGGUGUCCUACCUAUGGGAGGAGAUUCCGUGGCUGCAGCAGUGUCUCAGCCCCUCCCAGUCUUCCUGCUCCUGCACCCUCCAGACACGCCUCAAGAUGCUGCAGGCCGUAUCCCAACUACAGGGAAUGCUGGGAACUCAGGACCUGGGUCAGGUUUAUUUUGAGCCAAUCAAAGACAAGCAUGGCAACGCUCUGCUGGUGUUGCUGAGGGACAUGAACGUGUGUCCCAGUCUGGACGGGGUGAAGUGGACACAUCUGUGUAAGCUUCAGCUUCAACGCAAGUCCAUCUCGUCCCCCGAGGAGCCCACGGCCCUGGACACGCUGCUCAUCACCCUCCACGAGAAGCUGGCGUACCACAGACGGAGCAGGAAGCUCCUCUCCCCAGGCCUGUACCUGGGCUACCUGAAGCUGUGUAGCUCUGUGGACCAGAUCAGAGCCCUGGUGCCUCAGAAGCUACCCAACGUCCUCUGUCAUGCUAAGAUACGAGACAACUGUAAUGUGUCUAGGGAGGAGUGGCAGUGGCUGCAGGCCCUCAGUUCUCUGGAGGAGUCUCUGGAGAUGGACCAGGAUGUGCAGAGCGCUCCACACCGCCUCCUACAGGACCUACGCAGCGCUGCCAAGGACCUCAUGGCCCACAUGAACAUCCCUGUCAGCCAGGUGCAGGACUUCCGUAUCUACGCCCAGGAGGUGUUGGAAUUUGGGGACAAGGUGUCCUUCCUGCUACUUCUGCCCCCCUCAGACGACGUGUGUACGGCCCCCGGCCAGAACAACCCCUAUUCCCCCCGAUCAGGCUUCCUCACCCUGCCUCUGCAGAUCUUUGAGCUGGUUCACUUUGAUGCCUACUGCCCCAGCUUCAUAGGGCAGUACUGCCGUGUGUCUGCCCUGCUGGAGCUGGAGUCGCUCAUGUCCCAGCAGACCCUGAGGGAGGCCUUCUCUGAGACGGAGCUCCACGCUGCCAAGCAGAAACACCAGCAGGUCCAGGAGCACAUGCAGCAAAUGGAGGAGGUGUGGCGGGAGGCGCGGUGGAUCAUGGACGCCCUGCAGUAUGCCCGCUACAAGCAGCCCACCGGGGCCAUUUCCCUGGCCUGGAUCAUCCACUUCUCCAGCGACGCGGAGCCCGACACGCCCCGCUCCACCUCCUCCCAGCCAGACUACCUUCCCUCACCCAUGCCCUCCCCCGAACCCAGCCGCAAGCACUCUGUAGACUUCCACGGUCUCUCAGAUGAAGAGGGUUCCUCUGAGGUCUUCCUCACCACUGACAGCGACUAUGACUCUAGCCGUGCCCAGAGCCCCCGCGAGUUGGACCUUCUGCCCCCCUCGCCCCUCUCCUCCUCCGGCGGCGGUGUGGGAGGAGGGGGUGGAGGGGGUUCAGGGACAGGAGCGCUGAGAGACUCCACCCCAGACGUGCUCCAGGCCUCGGAGCCCCAGACAGGCCCUACCGGCGAACAACGGCUGAGCGGAGGGGGGCCCGGUGGGGAGAGGCGGAGGGGCAGGGGGGGUCCCAUGGAGCUCUUCGACAGCGACUUCAUCCUACCCAGCAGGCAGAUCGAACUACUGAGGAUCACGGAGAAGAGGCAGGCCUUCUGUGUGAGAACCAGUAGUCUUGAAUUCCCCUCUUCCUCUGGUGGUCAUACUGCACACUCACCCUCACCAUCCUCCUCUCCCCAUCGCCGCUGGCACCGACCCUCCUCUGUGGACCGCUGCUGCCCUGCUGAGCGAUGCCUGACGCACCCCCAGCCCCCCGCCCGCACCCUGUCAGAGGACAGCGGCACCCAGAGGCUCUCAGGUUCCCCCUCGCCCGGUGCCCACAGGAAAGGCUGGCACGCCACGCUCCGGGUGUACCCGCAGUACCGAACCGGGCUCCCCAAGGAAACCAGUGUCAAGCUGCGGGUGACACCAGGCACGUCGGCCAGGGAGAUGGUCCAGCUGGUGGUGCAGGAGAUGAACGCGGUGUCGCGCCGGCUCCUCAGUGGUAGCAGUAGCAGUAGUAAUGGAGGGGGAGCGGAGGGGGAGAAGUGUCUGUACAGCCCUGAGCAGCUGGAGCACUUUGGACUGGUGCUGGUGGUGGACGGCAGGGAGAAGUGGCUCCAGGAUGACUUCUGUCCCCUGGAGCUGCAGAACCCCUGGCUCCGGGGCAAGCUGUGUGUCCGCAUCAAGGAGUACUCGCCCCUGGCACUGCAGUACAGCAGGGCGACUACUGUCUGAAACUAAGGGGUGGGGAAGGA